AUGGUGACUUUCACGGCACGCCGGAGCGAGCCCGAGCUGGUGCGUCCGGCGAGACCGACGCCGCAGGAAACCAAGGCCCUCUCCGACCUCGACGACCAGUGGUCGCUGCGGUUCUACGAGUCCAUCGUCGGGUUCUUCCGCAGCCCUCCGGGAGAGAGCGUCAGGCCGGGCAAGGUGGCCAAGGGCAUCAAGGCGGCCGUGGCGGGGGCGUUGGUGUACUACUACCCGAUGGCCGGCCGUCUGCGGAAGAUUCCCGGCGGGAACAAGCUGGAGGUGGACUGCACCGGGGAAGGAGUGAUGUUCGUGGAGGCGGCCGCCGACGUGCGGUUGGAGGACCUCGGCCAGCCGCUGGUCCCGCCGUACCCUUGCGUCGAGGAGUUCCUGACGGAUGCCGGUGACACCAGAGAUGUCGUUGGCAAACCUCUGCUUUUCCUGCAGGUGACACAACUUAAAUGUGGAGGAUUCGUUAUUGGACUACACAUGUGUCAUUGCAUUGCUGAUGGUUUUGGUAUCCUACAGUUUAUAAAAUCCAUAGCCGAUUUUGCAUGCGGUGAACUUAUCCCGACCACUUUGCCCGUGUGGAAAAGAGACAUCUUCACUGCACGUAUGCCACCCUCCAUCUCACAUGUCUACCCAGCAUAUAAAUCAUUUCUUCCUGGGUUACAUUGCACGGAAGAUGACGUGAUGCUAUCAACUCCACCGGAAAACAUGGAAGUGCAAUAUCUGUUCUUUGGGCCAAAAGAGAUGGAGAUUUUGAGAAGUCAUGUCCCAGACCAUCUCUCCAAAUCUACAACAACAUUCGAGUUGCUUACGGCCGUAAUGUGGCGAUGCCGCACAAUCGCAUUGGGCUAUGAAGCUAGUCAAAAAGUGCGAGUCAUGUUUACUUUGAAUACACGUGGGAGAAGCAUUAAUUGUGAAAAUGCCGUCCCACGUGGUUAUUAUGGAAAUGCACAUUUCUCUCCCAUGGUCGAGCUGACAGCCGAUGAGUUGGCUACCAAGCCACUAGCACAUAUACUUGAGCUAAUGCGCAAAGUCAAGCUGGACACCACGAAAGAUUGCAUGAAGUCAAUGGUAGAUUUGAUGGCACUAUGGCGAGAGCGCUCACCUUUUGGCAUGGACAGAACGUACGAGGUCAGUGAUACAAAGUGGGUUGGAGGCAAUGCAUUACAAUUUGGAAAAGCUGAGCUUGUUGCUGCUGGCACACCGCAUGCCGGAGAUUUCAUUUCGAAGUUGAUAAGUUAUCAUACAAAGUGUAAGAAUAUAGAUGGUGAGGACUCGACCGUGGUGUCGAUAUUACUGCCAAAAUUGGUAAUGGAGAAGUUCACAAAAGAGAUGGCCAUUUGGAUGAAGAAAUGA